AUGAAGCGUGCCAGCGAGAAGCAGUUGACGCAGGACAACGCUGACGAAGAUGAUGUGGAGGAAGUAGCUCCCCCCGUCACGGGCAUACAAAGGGCAGACGAAACCGUCCUGGCCACCCGAAAGAUACGCGCCCUUCCUAAGCGCUUCGCGCAACCGGCUGCUGCAACUAAUCCGGCGGCAACCAGCGGGUCAGAGGCCCCUGCUGCUCCUCGGUUUAGUGGCUUUGCCGGCUUUGGGGUGCCUGCCGCCGCCGCAACUCCCUUCUCCUUCAAAGUUCCGGCUCCUCCUGCUACUACGAAUGGCACAGACGCUGCAGCCCCGAGUGUCUCUACAUCUGCCUCGACAGCGACCAAAACCUUUGCUUCGUUUCUGUCUGCUCCGACUGAUCCUACACCUACUCUUCCACCACCUAACCCUGCAUCUGCCUUCCCAUCCACGUCCACCUCUGCAUCUGCCACACCCGCAUCCAGCACGAGUACAAGCAAAGACGAAGAAGCCGCGCUCAAACUAUAUAAAUCUCUGCGCGGUAUCAACGUGUCUCUUCUAUCCGCCAUAUCUAAGGCGGUAGAGAAGGACCCGUUCGCCGACAUCAGCAACCUCCUCGAACAAUACCGCCAAUUCCGCGUGACCGCCCAAAAGGAGUACGACGAGAGGCCGAAGUCUGGGGAUAGCCAUCCAGCUUCAACAGCCCCGACGCCACCAGCACCUGCGGCCUCUACUUCCACUCCUGAUGUUCAGCCGCCCAGCACAUCCACGGCGAUGCCUGCGCCACCGCCCAGUUUCACCGGCUUCUCCGCUUCCGCCAGCUCGAAGAGCGGCGAAUCCUCCGAUGCGCCCGCGCCCGCGGCCCCGGCGGCGCCUCCCAAAUCUGCGUUCCCCGCCAGCACAUCAACCGAAGGCUCCUCAUCAGAUGCACCUCCCAAACCACUCUUCCACUUUGCCGGAACAUCCGGGCGGACCGAAGCACCUUUCACCUUCGGCAGUAAGGAAGCAUCGAAGCCGCCGCCCUUCUUUGGCGUAUCCUCAGACGCCGCCUCCAAGCCAAGCUUUUUCGGCUCGAACGGCGCGUCGACCUCGACCGCCUUCGGCGGGGGCGCGCCACCGUCCGCCUUCACCUUUGGCAACAAGCCCGCGGAUCCGGCGCCCGCCUUUGGCGUGACGAAAGACGGCGCGGCGGCGACUUCCUCCCCCGACAACAAGCCCGCGUUCACGUUCGGCGCCGGCGCUGGCACGACCUUCGGUGGCUUCUCUCCGCCGAAGCCUAUCGGUGGCGCGCUGGGCAACGCGGUUGGAUUCGCGUUCGGAAGCCCGCCUAAGACGCCGGACGCGGACCCCAAGCCGCCAGCGUCGUCCGCGUUCGGCAAUAGCGGGUUCAACUUUGCGCGGCCGCCUGACCCCGCGGCGGCGCCCAAAAGCGAGGAUAAGGAGGGAUCGGCGGAGGGUGCUGACGCAGGCGCCGGGGCGAGGGGCAACGCGGCGAAGCUGCUGGGGAACAACCCGCACGAUGGAGAAGGAGCGGGAGAGGAGGACGAGGAGACUACGCACGCGAUUAAGAGCAAGUUGUACAAGUUUGUGAAGCAGGAAGAAGAGUCCAGCUGGACGGACAUGGGCGUCGGCAUAUUGAGGCUGAAGAAGCACAAGGAGACGGGGGUGAGGCGGGUGCUGAUGCGGAACAGCAGUACGGGCAAGGUCCUCGUCAACUUCAAGCUGCAUUCCGGCCUGAAGCCUACAUUGGCGGAGAAGGAGAAGGUGGUAGCGUUUGUUGGACCAAAUGGAUCGGGUGCGGCGUCCUUCAAGAUUCGCUUGAAGACGUUAGAGCAGGCAGCGGAACUCAAGGAGGCGAUGGACCGGGAAAUCGCCUUCGUCAAAGGCGGUACGGAGAAAUAGUCCCGAGGAUCUAGCCUUCAGCCCCGUGUCAGUGGUC